AUGGCAUGGAAUUGCGCCUGUCAGAAUCAUGUACCUGAUACACCGCCUUACAGCUGGCCCAUAACCAUUGCGGAAUGCCAGGGUAAAGAAGCAUCCUGCAGUCAACAAUGCAAUUACGGUGUAACCCAAAAUGUCUGUUUGAAGGGCUGUAAACGAUAUUUUAAAUGUAACAAACCCGGUGGACCGAAAAGUGGAUUGCAAGUGAAGGACGAGAAUCAAUUACCGGACUAUGACUUACCAGUUGCG